AUGUCGCCCACUCCACUCCGCCCCGGCGUCUAUGCGCCAACCAUGACCUUCUUCGAUCCCAACACUGAAGACCUCGAUGUUGCCUCAAUCCGUCGCCAUGCGGUGCGCUUGGCCAAGGCGGGUCUGGUUGGUCUUGUCACCAUGGGCUCCAACGGCGAGGCCGUGCACUUGACGCGUCAGGAGCGCGCAACCGUUACACGGGAAACCCGCACUGCUCUUGAUGAAGCCGGAUUCACGAAUGUGCCAGUUAUCUCUGGUGCCAGCGAGAACAGCAUUCGCGGCACCAUUGAGCUGUGCCAAGAAGUUGCCGCAGCCGGUGGCGAGUAUGCUCUGAUCGUGCCGCCCAGCUACUACCGUGGUGCCGUCGGCAAUGACGAGACUCUAUACGAGUACUUCACUGCUGUGGCUGACGGCUCUCCCAUCCCCCUUAUCCUCUAUAACUACCCCGGCGCCGUCGCUGGAAUCGACAUGGACUCCGACCUCAUCAUCCGCAUCUCCCAGCACCCCAACAUUGUCGGCACUAAGUUCACCUGCGCCAACACCGGCAAGCUGACCCGUGUCGCAAGUGCUCUCGGCGCUAUCACUCCUCCCUCCCCUCUGGCCCCCGUGCAGCGUGCUGCUCCCACCGUCUCAAAGCCAGACGCCAAGCACCCCUACGUUGCCUUUGGCGGUAUCGCCGACUUCAGCAUCCAGACUCUCGUCUCUGGUGGUUCCGCGAUCCUGGCCGGUGGUGCCAAUGUUGUCCCGCGCCUGUGCGUUCGUAUCUUCAACCUUUGGUCCGAGGGCAAGCUCGCCGAGGCCAUGCAGGCCCAGCAGCAGCUCAGCGACGCCGACUGGGUCCUCACAAAGGCGGCUAUCCCCGGCACCAAGUCCGCAAUCCAGUCCUAUUACGGCUACGGCGGGUAUCCCCGUCGGCCCCUGGCCCGUCUUAGUGAGGCUCAGGCCCAAACGAUCGCCGACAAGAUCAAGGGCGCAUUGAAAGUGGAGCUGUCGCUGCCUGAUGUGGCAUAA